AUGAAACUCAUAUUAUCUACAAUUUCUUUGAACAGAUAUGCAAGUCUAUACUUUGCAGCUGGCGUCGAUUGGGAUGAAAAUGAACUAUAUGUAUUGGAGGUUAUUCAUCGUUAUGUUCAAGUGCUGGAUGAGUACUUUGGGAAUGUGUGCGAACUAGACAUUAUCUACAACUUUGAAAAGGCUUACCAAGUCCUCGAUGAAUUAAUGAUCGGUGGUGAGUUGCAAGAACCGAGCAAGAAGGCUGUUGUUCGCCACGUACUUGCAUUUGAGAGACACUGUGAAUUAGAUGUUGUGACGCGGAAUUUACGUCAAGCAGACUUUUAA